AUGGAGCCAAAUAGAAAACGAAGGCGUGUGUGUACCAACAGUGAGAUUGACCGUGAGUUAAUUGAUAGUGACAGUGACACUGAAAUAAGUUCUUUAUUUUCAUCAGAUGGUAACAGUGAGUACAUUCCAACCUCUAACAGUAGUGAUGAUUCUAGUAGUGAAGUAGACCGCAAUGAAGUUGUUACUGAAGUAGAGGCACAUGAAUAUGUGCAGAAUCAAAAUAAUUUUACCGAUGAUGUUAAUGUACAGUUCGUUGCCAAUGAAGUCCACAAUGAUCAUAUCAGUAUUAAUGGUUGUUGGACUGACACGAACAAAGUCCCACUAAUUCAUGAUUUUGUGGGUGAAGAAAAAGUGAAUAUACAAACAACUGAUCCAGUUGAAGUGUUUGGCAAUAUUUUUGACACCGCCCUGUUAGAAAAAAUUGUCACAUGGACAAACACCAGAGCUGGAAUCAUGCGAGGGACACCUCUUUCCAAACAUGCUCAUCUAAACUUUUGGGAAAAUGUUUCUGUUGAAGAAUUGAAAAAAUUUUUAGGUUUGUGUAUGUUGAUGGGUAAUGUAAACCUUCCAUCUAUAAAACACUAUUGGUCCAAGGACGGCUUAUAUGAGCAUCCUAUCUUUGGCCGGACCAUGUCCCGCAAUCGUUUUGAAUGUAUUUUAAGAUGUUUGUGUUUUUAUGAUCCAAACAUAGACUCCACAGACAAUAGGAUGCAUAAAAUUGAGAAUGUCCUCAAUGAUAUCUUAGCAAACUCUGUUAGGGUUUACAGCCCUGGGAAGUCACUUUCUCUAGAUGAGGCUAUGGUCCUCUUCAGAGGCCGACUGUCGUUUCGGCAGUAUAUAAAAAACAAAUCACACAAGUACGGUAUAAAACUGUACGAACUGACAACAUCUGAUGGAUUCAUUUUAAAUAUCAUCAUCUACUUAGGAAAGGGGACACUUAUUGACAAAGAAAAGGGCCACGCCUUUGAAGUUGUGAGAAAGUUAAUGCAGAACUACCUCGGCAAAGGCCACAUAAUCUUUCUCGACAAUUUCUACAACAGCGUGGACCUGGCCGAGUACCUAAUGACCAACCAGACUAACAUGUGUGGUACUCUACAGUCAAAUAGAGUUGGGAAUCCGCAAGUUGUGGUGCAAACAAAACUGAAAAAGGGGGAGUGUGUGAGCCGUCAAAGAGGUGACGUUACCGUCAUGAAAUGGCGAGAUAAAAGAAAUGUUUUGACUAUUUCAACUUCAAAUGGCCCCGAGAUGGAGGAAACAAGAACAAAAAGGGGAGAAGUGAUCCAAAAGCCCAGCAUGGUUGUUCGCUACAACAAGGGUAUGAGUGGGAUUGAUCGCAGUGAUCAAAUGAUCUCUUAUUAUUCCACUCCUAGAAAGUCUCUUCGGUGGUACAUAAAAAUAUUUUUCCACCUGCUAGAUGUAUCACUGUGGAACAGCACAUUUAUUUUUUCCAAAUUGACAACGAAGACAACCUAUCUGAAUUUCAGAGACAUUAUUAUAAAACAAUACAUUCAUGUAGAACCCAUUCCACGGAAACCUCGCCCCAUCCGCUCUUCACAGACGACUCAUGCUCCUGUCAAGCUGGAAAAGCGACUGAGGUGCCAUGUCUGCCGAGAAGCACACAAUACAAGGAAGCAAACCUUUUAUGCCUGCUCUAUUUGCAAGGACUCUAAAGACAAACCAUUUGGCCUUUGCAUGCCAACUUGUUUCAAUCUAUGGCAUGAGAAGUAG